GGCAGUCCGGGUCCUGGCCCGCCGCGCCGGUGGCCUCGGAGCAGGCCGACCGGGCGAGGUACCCCACUCUCACCUGGAGGCCCCUGCCCUUAUUUUCCCCCUUCCCGCCGGCCCAUGGUGCGAGGCUGGGAGCCGCCGCCCGGGUCGGACCGCGCUUUCCCUGGAGGGCACGCGUCAGAAAGCACCAUGCCUCCCAAUAAAGAGGCCGGCAGUCUUCACAGCUCCACAGCGGGUCUCAUCUGCCUGCCUCCCAUCUCUGAGGAGCUGCAGCUUGUGUGGACACAGGCAGCUCAGACCAGUGAGCUGGAUAGCAACGAACACCUGCUACAGACCUUCAGCUACUUCCCCUAUCCCAGCCUGGCAGACAUCGCCCUGCUCUGCCUUCGUUACGGGCUGCAGAUGGAGAAGGUCAAGACUUGGUUCAUGGCCCAGCGCCUGCGCUGUGGCAUCAGCUGGUCAUCUGAAGAGAUCGAAGAGACUCGGGCCCGAGUGGUCUAUCAUCGGGACCAACUCCAUUUCAAAUCCCUUCUCUCUUUUACUCACCACGCAGGGCGGCCCCCAGAGGAGGUUGCUCCUCUUGCAGUGCCACAUCCAGAGCAAGCUGGUCUUGGAACAGGUCCUCUGACUCCCAGCGUGCCUACUCAGGUGAAAGGAUUAAAAGUGGAGCCAGAGGAGCCCUCUCAGAUAACACCAUUGCCACGAAGUCACCAGAAAGCCAAGGAGCCCCUGCCAGCACCGGCAAGUGGGGCAUUUGCCCAUCGGUCAGAUGCUUGGCAUGAACUUCAAAGCAGUGGCCUGUGUAAGGAGCAGGCAGGUAGGGGGCCUGAGCCAUCACACGGUGCAGGGACUGCCUCCUGGAACCACUCCCGGGCUGUCCACCAGCCCCAUGCCGGGGAUAAGCCUCCACCCAUCUCAUUACUUGCCAGUAGCUGUAAGGAGGAGUCAGCAUCUAGCACGACUCCGCCUCCUCCUCCUACCUCUUCUUCCUCUUACCAAGUCCUGGCUCAUGGAGCCACUGCCACCUCUAAACCCCUGCAGCGACAGUCGUUGUCGCCCAGUGAACAGGCACUACCCCCUCAUCUGGAGCCAGCCUGGCCCCAAGGGCUAAGGCAUCAUCACUCAGCGUCAGGUAGGGUCGGUGCCAUGGAGUAUCUCUCCCCAGAUAUGCAGCGCCAGCGGAAGCCAAAACGUAAAACCAAAGAGCAGCUGGCAAUCCUCAAGUCCUUUUUCUUACAGUGCCAAUGGGCACGGCGUGAGGAUUACCAUAAACUAGAGCAGAUGACCGGUUUACCUCGUCCUGAGAUCAUUCAGUGGUUUGGAGACACACGUUAUGCCUUGAAGCAUGGGCAACUAAAAUGGUUCCGGGACAAUGCAGUACCUGGGGCCCCUGCUUUUCAAGACUCAGCCAAUCGCACCCCACCCCCAUCAACCCGCUCGCUGAGUGAAUGGGCAGAGACGCCGCCUCUGCCGGUCCCCCCGCCCCCACCGGAUAUACGACCCCUGGAGAGAUACUGGGCAGCCCACCAGCAGCUGCGAGAGACCGACAUCCCUCAACUGAGUCAGGCAUCAAGGCUUAGUGCCCAACAGAUACGGGACUGGUUUGAUUCUCGAUUACCUGAGCCAGCUGAGGUGGUAGUUAGUCUAGAUGAAGAGGAAGAGGAAGAAGAAGAGGAAGACUUGCCAGAAGAUGGUGAGGAAGAAGAGGAGGAGGAAGAUGAUGAUGAGGAUGAGGAUGAUGUGAUCAUACAGGACUAAGUGGGGGACCAAGGGAGGACUGGUCUGGAGGUUGGAGACAAUUUAGCAACUGUUUAAAACAAAAGAAACCAAAAUUUUAAAAAAAAUUAUCUUGUGGCAAAGAACUACAAACCUCCGUGUUCUUCAGGGUGGGUGAUGGGGGCUGUGGUGCUCACGGGCCGGGAGGAUGGCUGGAGGACACAGAGGACAUACAGGCUCAAGCCUCAAGGUGACAAGUACUAAGGAUCUGGGCAGAUGAUGGGCUGGGAACUGGCUCUUCUUUCUCUUGUAUCUGCUGGGUUUUUUGUUUGUUUCACCUAAGUACACAGGAGGAGGACUGGAAAGGAGGAGUAGAGAAUUCAGAUACAGUGGCUUCCAGGGCAUCCCGCAGCCCCCUUUCUUUCCCUUAGACAUUCAGGCCGCCUUGCACUCCUUUUCUCUGAGUGUAACUCCAUGCAUCAAACAACUAAGACUCUCAAGAUACAUGCCACUCUCAUCACAAAUAAUUCCUCGUUGUGUUCCCCACUUGACCUUUAUGAGUUUCACCUGCUUCAUCAGUGAAUCACACAGUAGCAGAAUGUUCUCAUUUCUGACACUGGGACCACUUGGCCUUAUACUUUUGACCUCUUUCCAAAAUCACCUCUCCUCUGUCUGUCUCAGGGUAAAUCUGCCCACACAGAGUUUGUGAUACAGUGUAAUAAUUGUGUGGAGGAUAAUUUUGACUGGAUAUUUAUUGAAGGGAGUUAUGAGAGAUGUCCUUUUAAAAUGUAAAAUUAUAAGGGUUGGGAAGGGACUGUUUCUUCUAGUCAAACGGUGGUAAACAUAGGUUCAAGGUUUGGUUUUACAAACCAGGCACUAUUUCCUGUCCAGCUCAACUGACACUGGAUUUUCCUCUUUCUGCCACUGGGUCAGCUUUUACCCAGAAGAGACUUUUUGUACUCUUUAAAGGAACUUCUGGGAGACAAAGGUACCAUUGUUUUCCCAUGGAAUUGCUGCUCUUUUAGAAUGGUUUUCAUCAGUUGGAUUCAUAUAUAAACAAACAGAUAUCUAAAAACAAGAGUGCAAAACCCAGAUGGCUAGAGUAAUAAAAGGCCAAAAAAUAAAAUUGUUUUUCUCUU